GGCGACCGCGCGUUUGAAAAUCUUAGGCGCAUAGCAAAACAAUUCCAAGAAACCUCAACUAUCCUUUGUUUUUGUUUAUUGUAUCGCUCAAUUUAGCUUCAACUUAAAGAUAUGAUAAACACAGAAGAGUCGAACAGCACAGAAGACGGCUGGGAAGAUGUAUUUAAGAGAAACCGCUUGGUUCCCACGUCCUGUCAGACAGCCCGACUAGCUGUGGAAAACCAUUUGACUUCGUCCCACGGCUUCCAGCUCAGCAUCAACCGCCUCCAUGCACCUCACCUCCCGCAGGAAGUCUCAGUUGGGAUGGACGUGGCCUACCAGCUGCGAGCGACGCUGUUUGAUAGAAAGCACCAGCUCUUCUUUGGGAAAACAUGGAAGAGUUCACAGCAAAAGAUGAAAAACAGCAAUAUUUCCUUCAACGAGGUCUUGUACUUCCAUACAUCUUUGCUGAUACCCAGCACACUGGUUGUUCUGGAGCUGGUGUCAUUAUCCCCCAAACUGGACGGCUCCCAUCAGUGUUUGGGAAGAGGCUUCAUUGUCCUGGAGCUUUUUACUAACAGGCCAGAGGGUCUGGCUACUGAAGGGGACAGAAGGCUGGAUUUACACCAUGGAUCACCCCGAGGCCUGCUCCACCCCCUGCUCAAGGACUCUGCUGAUUACUGCAAUCUCUUGAAGAUAAUUGAUGGAGCCCAUUUGGACUGUGUGGUAAAAAAACAUCCUCCGUUGGCUUGUGUGAUGCAUCUCCUACCUGAGAAUGCCCUUGUGUCUGGUGAUGACAUCAUUCCUGGGCUUACAGCUUCUCCAACAGGUGACGCUCUGCUGAGGCCUCAGCUGGUCAAGAUGAUGCCCUUCACCCUGGAUAGACUGACCAUUUCUCUCCAGCCUUCCCUGGAGAAGUUUGAGAGCCUUCUGCUGCAGCUCAUCAAUGCCGACUGCCACAACACAAAAGAGGCCGGAGCAGAGGGUACGGAAAGGACAGUUGUCAUCCAGGAAAGGAGGCUCCACGUUGGCGUGCACAAUGGCUGGUGUUUCCUUGAUAAACCCCAAGUGGUGGUGCUGGAGCCUGUUGCUUCAGGAGUUAGAGGGCGAACAGACAGUUCCUCUAAAAAGAGCACACUGGUCAAGGACAGCUCAGCAACGUCAUCCCCCUCUCAGAUGCUGGGCCUGCGUAGCAGCCUGGAACUCAGUCUGGCCAAUGAUCAGAGUUUGGUAAUUGUCUUCCAACUGGAGUACGUCUUCUCUGCUUUGAUAAGCCGAGAUACUACGGUGUUUGCUGCCUCCACACAUCGAGCUGCCUUCUUGCAGUGCCUUCGUUGGGGAAUUUGGUGCCCCUUCCUGAAACCAUCUAUCUGGAAAGACAAAGAGAUCCAGCUUGUUCUGCUUGGAGGUGCAAAGCCAAACCCUUAUGGAGUGAUGGUCUACAGCACAGAGACCUCCAAAACCCAGAGCCCCAAACCAGUCUCUGUUUCAAGCACAUUGCAGGAGGACUCUGAGGCAAAAGACAUGAUACGAUUUUGGCUAUUGUCCAGGCUGGAACGGAAGGCAUCCAGUCCAAGGGUACCUGAGAGGACAAAGAAGGAGGAUGUGUCACAUCAGAGAAAAUCACCUUCGUCACCCUCACAGAGUCAAAAACUAAUUCCAAAGGCUUCUCCUCCAGAUUCUCCUCAAGGUCCUGGGCUCUCGCUCUCUCAACUGGCAGCUACUUCACGCUACCCGACCAUCAGCCACUCCAGCUCGGCGUUGCCUUGGCAACAGUCAUUUCCUUCUCUGCUCCAUCCUUCCCCGUUGGCAUCAGCCCACCAGCUGUCACAUGUCGCCUUCUCAGCUGUCAGCAACAUCACCCACCUGGAAAUGGACCUUCAGCGAGAUGCCGAUGAGCCACCGUCCAUGCAGGAUGAAGGAGCCCAACUUCAGGAGCUGCCCUUCACCCCUGUUCAUGCUCCUGUUAUUACUUUAGGAAUGAAUGUGCCCAGUUCCUGUUCAGUCAGCUCGAGGAGCUCACUGGCUCACCUCUUCUCUGCUGGCUUUCCUGAAAUCGUCGACUGCAGUGGCCAGGUGGCAGAAGUCCUGGACCCCACGGAACCUCUGCCUUUUGACCCCCAGCGGGAAGAGACUGACCUUUUACAGGGAAACCUGCUGGUGUUUCAGUUUUUGGCAUUUACCAGAAUACCAACAGCAGGUGUUGGUCCUGACUGGCCUGGAAACAUCCAUGUUACCUUCCAGUUUUAUCGCUUCCCACCAGUUACAUCGCAGCAGCUCAAACUUCUGACCAAUGAUAAGGUUCAGCACAAAGCCAGUGAGACACUUCCCUGUGUGCUGGCCUCCGUCAACAAAGAUGCAUCUGUUAAUUCUGGCACUCCAGGUCUGCAGAUGCAGUUCAGAGUAGACAACAGGUUCCUGAGACCAGGAGAGAAGUGCUGGUUCCUUCGCUACCUUGCUCUCCACACCAUGCACAUCGACGUCUGGGACAGUGACUCAUUGCUCCUCAUAGGCUCCACUGCUGUUGAGCUCAAGUACAUGUUGCGUCACGGUAAAUCUGCUGUUCAGGCCCUUCAUAAGUUAGAGAUACUGACCACCGAUUAUGUGGGAGAGGAGACUUUACUGACUGAUUCAGAUUUGGGACCAUGCUCAUCCAGCCCGAUGACUGUUCGCACCAUCGUCAGAGGCUGGCUUCACUUGCGAACAGGCAACAUAGGAUGUCCAGCAGACUCUAACGGGAAGAAAUCUGAAGAAAACAUUUUACCUCAUUCUCACAUCAUCACACCUCGAGAAGUAACCAGUGGCUUCAGAGGAGGAAGCUUGUCUCCCAGAAACACCUUCCAGCUCAAUGCCAGGAACACUGCACAAGCACACAGGCUGGAGAAAGGCGAGGAUCGCAUGCUGUUAUACAGCCGGAACCGAGCCGACGCCAGAAUGCUAGAACAACGGAACCUAAAGGAUACUGACGUCGAGCGCCGGAAGCUGGACUGCAUGGCUGCCGUGCAUCAACGGGAAGCCAAGGAAAAUUCUGAAGCAGCUGAAAUGAUGGGUCACACAAUGGACGUCCAGUUGACCAGAGAGCAUCAAGCCAGAUCCAGCAAAGCAAACGGCAAGGCAGAGGGAAUCACCAACAUGCUGAGCCAGGCCAUCACCACGCAGCACCUCCUCUAUGCCAGCCUGGGCUCUGCUGAAUACAUGGAGUUUGUCCUUAAAAAUCCUUUCAAUGUGCAUCAGUCGGUCACUAUUCUUAGUGAUGACUCAGAGCUCAGUGUCAUCACCGACACCGAGGAGUGGCGUCACUUCAAAGCACUAACCAAAACUCCUACCCCAGUGGAAGAGAACUUGUUUCAUAUAAAGGAUGGUGCCGCAGGUCCUCAGGUUUACCUUCGGCCCAAAGAAACUGUCCACAUUCCUCUGAAAUACCAGAGCUUCAUAUGCAACCACACCUUGGCCAUGCAGGGACCAAGCUUCGUGCCUACAGGAAAAGGUUCUCGCACGGCCAAAAAGAAUCUGUCCAAUAUUAUUAUUGCCAAAACCAUCAAGGUAACCUUCAGGUCAUUAGAUGGCAAGCCAAUGGCCAUCUGCCAAGUGAAUGUGGAGCCAACACCCCACGUUGUGGACCAAACUUUCAGACUUUACCACCCAGAACUUUGUUUCCUGAAGAAGGCAAUCCGCCUGCCACCAUGGGAUGACCCCACAGAAGACCCAAAUUCCAGGACUCAUAUUUCUGUUCGCUGCAGUGACCCUAAUAUCAUCUGCCAGACAAGGAUGCUGGUGCCAGGAGAGCCACAGGAUGUGUACUUGAAAGUGCCUGGGAGUCCCAGUCCACAUAUAAAGAUGUUCUUUGUAAUGGUCUUCGUUGAUAAGUGGAUGGCAGUGCCUUCCCAGGUCUGGCAGAUUUACGUGCAUUUUCUGGAGCGGGUGGACGUGAGCUGUGUCACUGGCCAGCGGAGCUGUCAGUCACUUGUUCUGAGAGGAAAGCAAACUAUUCGCAAGAUUAAAUGUUUCUCGUCACACCCUCAGGAAAUUGAGGUGGACCCAGCUGGCAUGUUUGUUUUGCCUCCUGCAGCUGUGCAGGAGCUCCAGUUAAGGGUCCAACCAUGGCGGGCGGGUAGCCGCUUCUUAUAUUUAAAUGCAGUAGAUAUGGAUCAACAAAGGCUGGUCACUGCUUGGCUUAUAUGUCUUAAUGUCCACCGUCCAGUUCUGUCCAAGGCAUUUGAAGUGUGUGUCCCAGUUAGUGGUGGCCGUGGCAGCUCCAGGAAGAUCACUUACACCAACCCUUACACCAGAAGUCACACAUUUGUGCUCCGCUCGGACCACCCGGACCUGCUCCAGUUCAAAGAGGAUAAAUUUCAGAUUGGUGGUGGAGAGAGUUACACCAUCGGGUUGCGAUUCGCUCCCAGCCAGAGUCCAGGCUCCGCAGAGAUCCUCGUCUACGUGAACAACCUGGAGGAGAAAACAGAGGAGACCUUCUGUGUGAAAGUCAACUAUUCAUGAGCAGCAGUGGGGAGAACGUUGACCAAACUGGAUUUCA